AUGCCCGGGACUACUUGUGAUCUUUUGAGGUGCUGGAACAAUGUAGGUGGCUGGGGAAGGAAGAAGAGAUGGUGGAGGGCUAUACCAGCUUGCAUUUGGUGGAAUGUCUGGAAGGAAAGAAAUGAUAGGUGCUUUGAAGAUAGGAGGAGUUCUUUACAGAAAAUUAAGUUCAACUCAAAAGCUCAGGGUCAAUUCACACCAAGAAAUAGGUUGAGUUUUGAAGGAGUUGAUCCCAAGAAAUUUAUUGGACUACAAUGUAAGGUGUAUUGGCCAUUAGAUGCUGAUUGGUACUCUGGUCGUGUAAUUGGGUACAACUCUGAGACUGGACAGCAUUAUGUGAAAUAUGUAGAUGGGGAUGAAGAGCAUUUGCUUUUAUCAAAUGAAAGGGUCAAGUUUUCUGUUUCACUUGAGGAGAUGAGUCGUUUGAAGUUGAUAUGUUGCUUGAAUUGCAGGAAUAUAUUGAUGACACAGAGGACUAUAUCAAUAUUCAGCUGGGCAAUCAUCGAAAUCAGCUCAUCCAGUAUGAGCACAUGGUGCUACUUGACUUACUUAAGAAGGGCCAUUCAGAACCAGAGAAGAAGAUUCGUAUAGGAGUCCGCGCUUUCCAAAUCCGAUUUCAGCCACAGUUAAAUGUCACUGCUUCUUUGUUGUUAGGGAGGAUAUUUCUGUGGAUGAUUUUAGCUUUAGGAAGUGUUUAGAUCGGAUACAACCCCUUCCAGCGAACAUGCAAGUAAAACAUUAUGCUAACGGUGGAAAAGGUGGUCGUGGUGGAGGAAGAGGAAGUGGAAAUGGGCAUGGCCGGGGAAGAGGAGGGAGGUGAAGAUACUAAACAAGCUGACAUGCCAAAUUCUUCUAUCAGUCUUGUUAACUGCUGUUUAAAAUCCAAAUUUUGGUCUGUUACAUUUGUGUUCCCACAGUUUUGCCAUAAUGUUUUUGCAGGUAGAACUACAUGAUCAUCUUUGCACUCCUAAAGAAACACAUCAUGUGCAAAAAUUUGUUUUCCCUUUGAAUUCUCCUAAUCUAAUUUUGAAAAGGAUACUUGUAAUAACAGCAGCCAAGAGGCAGGAAUAGCAAGAUUGGACAUUCCUCAACUUACUACUAUUAUUAAAUUUAUUAUCUUGAUUGGA